GAACCCAAAAAUUUUCCCAUUAUCCAAAAAUUCCAAAAAGCCAUUUUUAACAAAUGGCUCUCUGCAAUUAUUCAUCUCCUUCCAUUUCCCUCUUCGGAACUCAAAUUCUCCCUCCAACAGUCGUCAAAUUCACUCCGUUCACCAUUUUCUGUUCGUCGAAGCCGCCUAAACCUGCUGAGGACGAUGACAUCAAGCAGAAGAAGAAGCUGUCGAAGCAAUCUUCAUGGGAAGCCAAAGAUUCCGAGGGCAAGGACUACCUUUACAGGCUUGGCAAGGAGGCCGAUAAUGUGAACAUAGCCGUCGGAGCUAGGUCCGGUGUCAUUGAUGAUCUCUUCGCCGGAAAUUUUCUCGGCAGAGACUCGGAUAUCGUGUUCGAUUAUCGUCAGAAGGUGACCAGAUCGUUUGAAUACCUUCAAGGCGAUUACUAUAUCGCUCCUGUGUUUAUGGAUAAAGUUGUUUGCCAUAUUACGAAGAACUACCUUGCUCAUCUUCUCAAUACCAAAGUUCCUUUGAUCCUAGGUAUUUGGGGAGGAAAGGGGCAAGGUAAAUCAUUUCAGACUGAACUCAUAUUCCAGGCUAUGGGAAUUGAACCUGUAAUUAUGUCUGCGGGGGAACUAGAAUCAGAACGAGCAGGAGAACCUGGAAAAUUGAUUCGUGAACGCUAUAGAACAGCAUCUCAAGUGGUCCAGAACCAAGGCAAGAUGAGCUGCUUGAUGAUCAAUGACAUCGAUGCUGGCCUUGGUAGAUUUGGAAAUACUCAGAUGACAGUCAACAAUCAAAUCGUUGUUGGAACUCUCAUGAAUCUAGCAGAUAAUCCAACAAGGGUGAGUGUUGGACAAGAUUGGCGAGAAUCAGAUAUUACAAACAGAGUUCCUAUAAUUGUUACAGGGAAUGAUUUUUCAACAAUAUAUGCUCCCUUGAUUCGCGAUGGAAGGAUGGAAAAAUUUUACUGGCAGCCAAAUCGUGAGGAUAUUGUGAAUAUUGUUCACAGAAUGUAUGAAAAAGAUGGCAUAUCUAAAGAUGAGGUCAUAAGCAUUGUGGAUACAUUUCCUAAUCAAGCACUCGAUUUCUAUGGAGCUGUAAGGUCUCGCACAUAUGACAGGUCUAUUUCCAAGUGGGUUGACGAUAUCGGAGGCAUUCAAAGUCUUGGUAACAAACUUCUCAAGCGAAGAAAGAGCGACAAACUUCCAGUUUUUACUCCCCCGAAGCAAACAUUAGAGGCUUUGCUAGAAUCAGGUUAUUCUUUACUGAAAGAACAACAGAUGAUAAUGGAGACCAAACUUUCAAAGGAAUAUAUGAAGAACAUUGACUAGAAUACGGAUAAUAGCGUGGUGCUUUAAAGGAUAUAUAUAUAUAUAUAUAUAUAUUGUUGUUUUCUACUGGGCGAAAUAAAUGAUCUUGGAUUCCAUUGUUUAUA